CUCCGAUAAACAACGGGGAAGAUGGCGACUCGAGUCCUUCAGAGUGUGGGCAACGGCCUCAAACAGACCAGAAAGGGCCUCCAAACGAAAGGACAGGUGACAGUCACCAUCAGGAGCCUCUCCGCUUCCAACAAUAGGAACCGUGAAGACAGCUGGUUCAAGUCGCUCUUUGUAAGAAAAGUUGACCCCAGAAAAGAUGCUCACUCUCAUCUUCUGGCCAAGAAGGAAGACAACAACCUCUAUAAAAUACAGUUUCACAAUGUCAAGCCAGAGUGCCUUGAUGAUUACAACAAACUUUGUGAGAACGUCUUGCCUUCAAUCCAUGCUGACCCUCAAUACCCUUGUGAGCUAGUGGGCACAUGGAACACAUGGUAUGGAGAACAGGAUCAGGCAGUUCAUCUGUGGAGAUAUCGGGGAGGAUACCCAGCCCUCACCGAUGUUAUGAGCAAACUCCGGCAGAAUAAGGAGUUCAUGGACUACAGGAACGAGAGAGGGAAGAUGCUGCUGUCCCGCAGAAACCAGCUGCUUCUGGAGUUCAGCUUCUGGAAUGAGCCCGUUCCCCGCACGGGACCGAACAUCUACGAGCUCCGUUCAUAUCAACUCAGGCCAGGGACUAUGAUCGAAUGGGGGAAUUACUGGGCUCGUGCCAUUGAGUUCCGCCAGCAGAACCAUGAGGCUGUGGGAGGCUUCUUCUCCCAGAUUGGAAGUCUCUACAUGGUCCACCAUCUAUGGGCUUAUAAAGAUCUUCAGUCAAGAGAAGAUACCAGAAAUGCGGCCUGGCAACAUGAAGGUUGGGACGAGGUUGUUUAUUACACAGUUCCUCUCAUUCAGCACAUGGAGUCUAGAAUAAUGAUUCCCAUGAAAAGUUCACCCUUGAAGUAACUCCCUGCCUGCACCCAGGGGGACAUGUCCAACGAAACCCCAACAAUCACAACUAACACCACACCGAUCCAUAAAGAGUGCAGCCAACUGUCGGGAGUGAGCACUGCCAGGGACUCCAACGCAACUUCAACAUGUCACUUCAAUGUUUCGCUUUUCUUUCUUUCUGGUUCCUUUUUCUCUUUUCUCUGCUGGCUUAAUGUCUCAUGAAUCAUAAUGAGGUUGUUACAGACUGUACCUGUUAAAGAGGUUGUGUAUUUACUGAUGCAUAAUAUUUUUGCAUAGGUGGACAUUUGGACACUCCCUAGUUUCUCACAGCCUCAACCAUUUCGAGGUCUAGGGUUUUGAGAUGCCUGUCUAACUCAUGAUGAUGUUGAGGUCCUUUUGGUCUGUUUGGGGGGGGAAAAAAGCCCCUGCCCUUGUGUGUUUUGAUUGUUGAGAUAUUGCCACUGGUAAUUUUGCAAGAUAAAUUAGCACAUGUAAAAGUGCUUUAAUUUAGUAUAUGGAAGUUUAAAUAACUGUUGCUGAAAACCAUAUCCCAAAAAAAAAAAGUUAUGGUCUUCACAGUGAGUGAUGUCACAGAAACCAAAAUGUGCUGUACUGUUUGUCAGAGAAUGUAUUUCCAAUCCCACUACACUUUUGCACUUCAGUGAUUGCCUACAACUUCUGCCUCCAAUAUUUGAAAAUCUGAAACACUUGGCUCGAGCAGUCAAUGGAUCGGCUAAAGAUUCCCAACUCAUGAGUGACUAGACAGGCUUAUGUAGAAGCUGAAAUCAGAUUUACGCAGAGUAGCAUGCUGUUUACAAAUGAAAGAGUUAGUGGUCUGUAUCUGUCAGUAUCGGCGAAUUCUCAGUACUCUCCACGGCCAAACAUAUCUGGACUCCUACUGUACACUAGUCUUAAGUAAAGCUUAUGCAUGUGAUCUGGUUUCCUUUCCUGAAAACGUGACCUUCUUUCCUAUGGCUUUGACCUCGCUUGCUGAUCACUUUUCCUCGUCUUUUGGAUGGUGGGUUAAGAGGACUCGCGAUAACCAUUUUGAAGAUGAACUAAAGCCUGCAGUUCGGCAGCACACACCACGUUGAGUCGGAGUCGUCAGGUGUGCAGGAAAGGAAGCCAGAACUCGAGUCGGAUCAUCGUUCUUUCAUUGUUAUUAACGUAGUCGUCCUCACAGAGGAUAUUAAUAUUUGUGUUGCCCACUUCUUGGGGGUGCUUUUCUAGCCUGUCUCUCUGAAACUGACCACAUUUCUCGUAUGGGGUUGUCCACUAAUGUUGAGAUCAUGAGGCCUCUUGAUGCGUCCAGAUAUUGGGAUGGGGUUCGAUGUUUUGAUUUUUUUUUUUUUGUCACUAAAGCUGAGUUAUCCGGUACCUACGUACUGCAGAACACCUUUCAGUCUGUCUCAUCCAUACCAGUCAUUCAGAUUCAUGUCAACCAGGUGAUUGUAUAUUGUAACCGGGAAGAAGGUUGUCUUCCUUUUUAAAAUGGUCAGAUUGUAGAUAUACAUAGUGAGCUUCUUGACCGACACAGAGAUACGGUCAAUCAUCUAUUUAUAAAUGAAGCACAGGAUUUGGAAAAUGUUUGGGUCGAUUAGACAGAUGGACAGGAUAGGAGUAAUAUCUCAUCAUGGUAAAAUGUGAAAUGCGGUGCUUUAAUAAGAUUAGCUGUACAUAUUGAAUUAAACUUCUGAUGAAA